GCUGAAAGACGGAUUGCCAUUCGCUGGAUAGGUUUCCCGCACCCAGCGGACCUGCGCCCCGGUCGAAGCACCAGGUGUCAUCCACCUCGACCCCCGUCCCUACCACACCUUAUUCAUCCCGACUCCCGCCCGAACUCCAAUACGUUUAAGACUGCGAACCUUGAAGCUCCCGCGAGCCCGCAUCUCGACACUUCCCGCCCCGGACCAUGGACUAAAGGAUGACCGUCGGCACAAGUACACAGGGAGGGAGCAAGACGGGCGUCUACGCCGCCGCAGCAGCGCUGCGUCUGCUGCUCUUCGUCGCCUUCCCCGGCCUGCCUGACCUGCUUACCGGCCGCGUCGAGAUCUCGACCCCCGUCACGAGCUUCAAGCGAUUACAGGAAGGACUCUUCCUCUACAACCACAAUGUCUCCCCCUACGACGGCGGCGUCUAUCACCAAGCGCCCCUCUUCCUCCCCCUCUUCUCCCUCCUCCCGGACCUGAAGUCGUUCCCAAUCUUCACAUACCUUCUCUACAUCCUCGUCGACAUCCUAAGCGCGGAUGCUCUCUCCAAGAUCGCCGACUCUGGCGAAGCCGGCUCCUCUCGCCUCUUCUCUUCUCCCCGUCGCGGCAAGAGGUGGAGUGGCCUCGUCGUCGCAUCACUUUACCUCUUCAACCCCUUCACGAUAGCAACCUGCAUCGGCCGCUCCACCUCCGUCUUCUCAACAUGCGCCAUCCUCCACGCCGUCGCAAAGGCCAUCGCCGGCGCCCCCCUCGGCGCAAUGGUCUCCCUCUCCUUCGCGACAUACUUCUCAAUGUACCCCGCCCUCCUCCUCCCCCCUCUCGUCCUCCUCGCCUACGACCGUCAGGAACCGACGCGACGCGACCCUUCGACCCAACGCUUCGCCCUCACAAACGUCUCCGUCGUCGCCGGCGUUCUGGCCGCCCUCUUCGCCAUGUCCUUCCUCCUCACCGGCGGCUCCUGGGAAUUCCUCUCCAGCACCUACGGCGCCCAGCUCACCCUAAACGACCUGACGCCCAACGUGGGGCUGUGGUGGUACUUCUUCGUCGAAAUGUUCGACUCCUUCCGCCCCUUCUUCCUCGCCGUCUUCUGGCUCCACCUCUCCAGCUACGUCGGACCCCUGACGAUCCGCAUCCGCACCCAGCCGCUCGUCGUCCUGACGCUGCUCCUCGGCAUCUUUGCCAUCUUCAAGCCGUACCCGUCCAUCGCGGACACGAGCUUGUUCCUGGCGAUGCUCUCGCUCUUCCGGCACGUGUUCCCGCUCAUGCGGUAUACUUUUGUCGGCGCCGCGACAAUCAUGUACGCCUCCUUCCUCGGCCCGGCUUUUUACCACCUGUGGAUCUAUGCCGGUAGCGGAAACGCGAAUUUCUUCUACGCUAUUACGUUGGUCUGGAGUUUGGGACAGAGCUUGCUCGUCAGCGAUCUCACGUUUGCGGUGCUGCGUGACGAGUGGGAGGUCGAGAGGCCCGAGAUGGUUGGAAAGGAGAUUCGGCAGAUCUAAAGAAGCCUUGGAAAGAUGAGGCUCGUUUGAGAUCGACACUUCCAGUUCCACAUCUUGAUGAAAGUGGCCGUGUACAACAGCAUAAAAGCAUUACAGGUCGGCAUCAGUAGCAUGUGCAGCAGUAUGGAUAUGAUGAACGGUUCUAUGUAAAACCAAGAUAAUCGAGAAAGUAUUGUACAUUUUAGGA